GGAGUGUAGAACGCAAUAUAUCGCACAUCUACAGUGUGGUAGUAUAAUAUAUAAUGAGAAAAUGGCAGUUGCGCGCAAUUGUCUGUUUAUAUUUAUACUUUGUUUUUUUACGGAUUAUUAAUUGACCUUGGAAUAAGAGUGUUAAAUUUUGGAACUGCGGAACAAGCCCCGAAUUGACAUCACUGAAUAAAAUCGUUUGCACUGAGAAAGUACAAUACUGAAGACACUGACUCUUACAACUGAUAAUAAAGAAUCCAUGAUCGAGUGUUAAAAUUAUUCCAUCAUUUUCUAAUUUCUCAUCGCCCGAAGUUUCAACUGUCCUGAAAGAACCACCAGAGUUUGAUAAGUUCACAUUUUUUCGUUGGACAAAUUUGCUUUUUUGUUUCGUAACCUGUACGAAGCACAAGUUUUGGAAUCUCCAACAUUCAACUGUCAACCUUUGUUUGUCAACAUUGUAACAUCAUCAUGUCAUGUUUCCACUGAGAAUCAAGAGCAAAAGGAUCAGGAUUAUGGCAGACGAGGUGCUGCCUGCCAGCCUAGAAAAACUUGAAAUUGAUCGAUUGUCAACAAGUUGUUCACAGAGCAGGAGCAGCACUGGAAGUAUGGAGGAAUCCAAGUCUUCAAACCCUUUCCGUUCAAUCGCCCGUGAUAAAGCCCAAAACACAAAUUAUCUAUUCAGGAGAAAAUCAAUGCCAAAUCGACCAACACCAAGUUACAUCAGUCCACGGGGUGUCAAACCAACGACGAACUUUAAACCAUCAAAAAGUGAUAAAAUUAUCGAUCAGCCAAAAAAGAAUAGUAUAAUUAGAGAAGCUGUUCUUAAACUCAAUCAUAAUGAAAGUCCAAACGUUUUGUGUGAAUCAAUUACAAGUACAAUGCUUCAGGAAACAUGUAACAUCAGUAUUUGGAGUAGACGAAAGAAAUAUUCACGUACAUUUGGCCAUCGUUCGGUGACAAAAGACUUUAAAGCACUCAAUAUCAAUAAUGAACGAGUAGUUAAAGAUGAUACAAGUUUGAAUGAAAGUUAUAAUUCUAAUAGUUUUAAACGCGCUAGAAGCAAUACUAUGCCAAGUUUGAGGAGCGCUUCGGGUGGUGGUAGUAAUAAUAGUAAUGAACCAACUUCAUCAACAUCUGGCCAAUCGACAAGCCCAAAUACAUGCUCGGUGCAAGCAAGAAUAUCACCACCUUGUGACGUUACCAUCGAUGAGCUUGCCAGUUACUUUGAAGAAUUCGUUCAUAUCCCAAAGAAAAUGUCACAUAUGGCCGAGAUGAUGUAUAUUUAAUGUACAAUGUAUUAUGUACCACUUAUUUUCAUUUUUCAUCAUUAAUUUACGUCCAUUGAUUAUAAAUUAUCUACGCAAGAAAAUUCAAUCUCGUAAUUUCUCGUUUCUCUCAUGGAAUUCAUUUGUUCUUCCUCAAAAGAAAAAAUUAUUCACUAUCUCACAUGCACUUUUGAAAUAAUAUCGAUUGAAAUCAUUUUCGUCUGUGAACGGGUCGAUCUUUAUCGCUCUAAUGUCAAUGGCACGGUAUCAUAUGUCUCCCUAUCAUUGAGAAUUGUCUAUAUUUUUUAAAACCAAGAGAGCAACUCAUGAAACAAAAAUGAAGAUUCAUUUGUCCGUCAUUGAAAGCCUCAAUUCUAUCACAAUAAUGAUGAAUUGUCAGCAAAAUUGUCAUGAUUGGUUGAAGUAUUAUACAUAAUAUAUUUAAAUAUUUAAUUUGCAUAAGCAUUUUACGACAAUGGUAGGUAAUUAAUACAGCGAUAUACAAAGUAAUCAUUAAAUUACUCCACAAAUACAGUAAUAAGCUUUGGUACAUGAACAAUCGUGAUGAACAAUCGUAUUCUCUAUGAAUUAUUUGUUUCUUUGUCAAUCCAUCAGGAAAUAUAUUAUGUUUAUCAUCGAA